AUGACUUGGGCAAAUGAGUCAAGGGUGGCUGAUGUACAACAGUUUAUGCAGGAAAGGGAUAAUAUCAAUAGUAUACUAUUGGAUCAACUCACUAAAGCACAACAUUGCAUGAAAUAUUAUACAAAUAGACAUCGCAGUGACAGGGAAUUUAAGGAAGGGGAGGAAGUUUACCUUAAGCUUCAGCCUUACAAACAGACUUCCUUGGCUUUACCCAUGAAUUUGAAAUUGUCUGCUCGAUUCUAUGGUCCCAACAAAAUAAAGAAACGAAUUGGUUCAGUUGCAUACCAAUUGGAAUUACCAGUUCAUUCUAAACUUCAUCCGGUGUUUCAUAUUAGCCUUCUGAAAAGAAAAAUUGGGGAUAAGAACGUUGCUUCAAGAGACCCACCUGAACUCACUGCUGAUGCUGGGGGUAUUGUCAUGAACCAGGAGGUGAAAUUAGAGGCUGAUGAGGAGAAAGGGGGAAACAUGGGGAAAUUAGGGAUUAUAAUUGGAAAUUUAGAUGAUAAGCAUAUGGAUAAGGUAGAGAUGUUACCUGAUGGGCAAAGAACCGAGCGUGGGCUGCUGAAGCAUGAGACCAGGCUCUUAUUGGACCAAGAAAUGGCAAGCCCAAUAACCUGCAUCCAACAAAUGAAGACAGAAAUGGUUAAGGAAUCAAUGUUGUUAGAGAAAUGA